ACGUAACCUCGCCGUCACCUUCUUCUCCGACCGGCUCGGCGUGCCCGACCCGGUGCGAGCUCUGUCAGUCACUCACUCACCGUGCCGCUGUCACAAGAGUCGCCCACGCAAAGCGCGCGGCCCGGCAAACAAUAACCAUCACGCGACAUAGUAAAAUUAUUAUUUCUGUAAUACAACAAGUGACUUUAAUACUGCCGUGUUUGCGUGUGUCUAUGGAUUUGAUCAGUGCGGAUGGUUGUGAUUCAAACAGUGUAACGGAUUGUAAGGGUUGAAUGCGUGCUUGUAGCGCCGCUCAGCGUCGACGCAACGAGUGACCGCGGGGUGAGCACACACACACAAUCACGCGCACAGCAGGACGACCACCAGCAGGAGGUGGAAAGGAGCGCGUCGGCGUCGUCGAGCGCGGCCGACCCGCGCCGAGGGUAGCGUCGGCGCGCAGCCCGCCCCGACGUCCGGCGUCCCGCCUGCCCCCACCACACGCGCGCCGCCGUCGGCAGACAGCAUCCCGGCGCCGUCGAGCUCGCACGUCGCACCGACGACGACGCUCCCAGCUCAGCCAGCCAAUCGCAUCCGCCCGGGCAGGACGCGCGCGACGGCCGCACACAUGAGCGGUCCAUCAUAACACCGCGCCGCCAAGCAUAUCAUAACUCGCCGCCCGACCGCCGACGAAUACGGAGCGCCGCGACGCUGACAUACCCGCCGCCGCGAGUGUGAGUGUGACUGUGCGACAUGUGUCCGGCACGCACCUGAGGACGGCAAGGACGAAGCGGCCGACACGCCGUGUGUGUGAUUUCGUUCUGUUUUGAUUUCCUGUGGACGAGUUCUGUGCAGCACAGUGCGAUAGUGCUAAUAACAUGUCGCGACGCAAGCAAGCCAGACCCAUCAAGCUGCAGGAGGACGAGGAAGUCGCUGGAAUUCCUGGUGCUACCAAACCUAUCGGCGAAGCCGCCACACAACCAUCAGAAGAAGCGGUCUCACCUCGUCUGGCAGCUGAAGAAGAAUUACAAUACAGCGGAGCAUUAAUGUGUCCCCGUUGUCAGGAACAGUUCACCGAAGUGAAUGAAUUCCUUACGCACAAAGAGGAAUGCGCAGAGAAAGCUAAGAAGCACGAGGAGCCUGCGCAUUCUGAUCCCGAAGACAUGGUAGUUUCUGAGGAUGAUGAAGAAGAAGAUGAAAGCACAGGCGGUAAACGUCUUGAACGAAUGCGACGGCAUCGUCAAGACGCUGCCAAUAACAACAGUGUCGAAGAUGGCCCUCAAGAGGAAACUGAAACAGAACCACAGGUUGGCUUUCCGUUUCCGGUACCGGCGCCUGGUGGUCAUGUCACGUUGGAAGCACUCCAAAACACCAAAGUUGCUGUGGCACAAUUUGCAGCCACAGCAAUGGCCAAUCAGGAGAAUAACGAAGUUGCUCUACAAGAGUUGGCUGUUUUGCAAAGUACAUUAUUCACAUUGCAACAUCAGCAGGUGUUACAGCUGCAGUUAAUUAAUCAGUUACAACAGCAGUUGUCCAUCAAUAAACCCGAAAGUCCAGCUUCAACAACGCAUGAGAAUGAUGAUAAUCCCACAGUGGAGUCACCACCACCCAGACCUUGCCCCACACCAACGUUGCUGCCUCCAAGAGUGACAACACCGGUGAAUAUGAAUAUUCCUCUGCCACCUCCGCCAGUCAGCCAACCACUGAUAACUACUCAACCGUCUCCGAGUUCUGAGAUUCGACCACAAGUAUCCACACCAAUUACAAUGCCCCCGAAUAUUCAAGCUCCACUAUGUUCCAUAUCAUCAUCAUUGGCGUCUACAAUCAUUACACACUCCAACGACCCACCGUCUUUAGAUGAACCAAACACUUUGGAAAUGCUUCAAAAGCGUGCUCAGGAAGUUUUGGAUAACGCCAGCCAAGGCCUUCUCGCAACAAAUCUUGCAGAUGAAUUGGCAUUCAGAAAAAGUAAAGGAUCCAUGUCACCGUAUGACUCAAAAGGUCGUAAUGAACCUUUCUUUAAGCACCGUUGCAGAUAUUGCGGUAAAGUGUUCGGUUCGGACUCGGCGCUGCAGAUACAUAUCCGCUCUCACACUGGAGAACGUCCUUUUAAGUGUAACGUGUGUGGCAGUCGCUUCACCACCAAAGGAAACCUCAAGGUGCAUUUCCAACGCCACAGUGCUAAAUUCCCUCAUAUCAAGAUGAACCCCAAUCCGGUGCCAGAGCAUUUGGACAAGUAUCAUCCACCGCUACUGGCGCAGUUGGGACAACAACCAUCGUUGUCUCCUGGUGGUCCACCACAUCCGCCACACAUGGGUUUUCCACCUGGACCUGGAGCUCAUCCGUUUCCACCAUCGUCAAUGCCUAUGUACAGACCUCCACAUGGACCACCCCCACCCCAUGAGAUGAUGAAUAAUCGCCUGCCGCCUUCGCCGAUUAGAUCACAGGAGCCACCACCAAGGCUAUUCCCACCACAUCCAUUCCUUUUAAAGAGAGAAGAACAAGAAGUUCCCGAGAAUCUCAGCAAGCCAGUAAGGUCACCUACGCCAACAGAACGAAGUGAAUCUCGUGUGAAAACUGAGAAGUCGGACAACGAAGAUGAGCGGGAGACAAAACCACCUGCGGAGUGCGAAGACGCUAAAAUGCAAGAAGACCAGAUCACACCUAAACACGAGGUCGACACUGACGCUGAACACGAGCAAGAACCGGAACGAUUUCCAUCGCCUGCGGCUUAUGAUGAAUGCAGCAUUGACAGUAAGUAUAGUAAUGAGGAGAUGGAUCAAGCUGCGAGCCCUGGUGCUGAACAAUCGGAAAACAUGCAGGAUGAACCUGAAAACCUCUCGAGUAAGAGCAACUCAAUCACGCUGCCUUUGAGCAUUUCUACUGGACAAAGGCUACCAGCAAACUUUCCUUAUGGUCAAACCGUGUCAUCACCACCAAGCAGUACCUCAUCCGGUAGUCUGGGACAAUUUCCCACUACUCCAUUAGGCGAUCCAUCUAAAGAUCCAGCCAUCUACGCUAAUCUUCUACCAAGACCAGGUAGUAAUGACAACUCGUGGGAGUCUUUGAUUGAAGUUACCAAAACUUCUGAAACCAGUAAGUUGCAGCAGUUAGUGGAUAACAUUGAACACAAACUUUCGGAUCCCAAUCAAUGCGUCAUCUGUCAUCGAGUAUUGUCAUGCAAAAGUGCUCUCCAAAUGCACUACAGGACCCACACUGGUGAGCGACCAUUUAGGUGCAAAAUCUGCGGGCGUGCUUUUACAACAAAGGGCAACCUUAAAACGCACAUGGGUGUACAUCGCGCAAAACCACCGAUGAGGGUAUUGCAUCAGUGUCCGGUAUGUCAUAAGAAGUUUACAAAUGCACUCGUACUCCAGCAGCACAUCCGGUUGCACACAGGUGAACCCACCGAUCUCACUCCUGAGCAGAUCCAAGCCGCGGAGGUUAAAGACUUUCCUUCGCCAGGCGGUUUUCCGCCUCUACCCAAUUCCAUGCAUCCAUUCCUUAGUCAAGGUUUCCAAGUUCCUGGCCUUUCACCUCUUGGCGCUGGGGGUUUCCCGCUCGGCAUGCGCAUGGACUCCAACGACAAGGAGUACAACAAUGACUACAUGGACGAUGAAGACGAUGACGACGAUGAUAUGCUGAGUAAUUCCGAGCACAAUCUAUCUUUCUCGCAUUCGCCAAGUGAUCCUAAUCAAUCUAACGCCAACAUGGGUUCGUUAAGUUUUUCCAAUGAAGAUCUUCGACGUCGCUCCGCAUCGCCGGUUCAAAACGGAGAAAAAUCUCCAGCACGAUCAGGCGUUACCACUCCAGGUAGUUGUAAUGAACAGAGAUGCUCGUCGCCAAUCCCACCAACCGUCCAAGUGCCGCGCCCGCCCUCAUCGCAGCAGCCGGGCAGCCCCACGCCGUCCGACUCCAACUCUCUGGGGGCGCUCGAUCUCACUCCACGAACGCAGCAGCAACCAUUGUCUGCUACCACUAGCCCAGGACCGGGAGGCAUUCCGCCACCACCGUCGUUGUUUUCGUCCUUUGGUUUUCUACCGCCUGGACAGAGCAGCUCUCCAUUGAUCUCAUCGGCGUUGUCCUCGUUAACGUCCUCGGUGCUCACUUCUACGGCAUUUAGUCCACUAAGGCUUGCAGUAGGGCCAACUGUAGGACGUGGUAACACCACGUGUAACCUGUGUUUCAAGACGUUCGCCUGCCACUCGGCGCUCGAGAUUCAUUACCGCAGCCACACCAAGGAGCGCCCGUUCAAGUGCACCGUCUGCGAUCGCGGAUUCUCCACCAAGGCGGAUGCCGACGAGUGUGUGUGUGGCGGUCAGAGGCGUAUCCAGGAUGAAGCGGAGCCGGCCGCCGGCACGAAGAGCGCCGGCAAACGCAAAGCGCCGUCGAAGCUUCGACGGGGCAGUAACGCCGCGAAGUUUCGCCUGCCGAUGAGCCCUGGAUACGCCACUGCGCUGCACUGGAGCUCGCUUGCGGGUAACAUGAAGCAGCACAUGCUCACGCACAAGAUCCGCGACAUGCCGCAGCACAUGUUCGACAAGCCGAACAGCAACAGCAACGAUGACUCGCAAUCACAGCCUCAAUCGUCGCCCCAGCAGCAGGCUCAGCAGCAACAGUCACAGCAACUACUCGCCGCAGUGCCGCCCCCGCCGCUGCAACCGCAACGCGAGUCAAUUCCACGCGAGAUUCCACCUCCGACCGCCGAGAAUGAUCGUUCUCCACCUGCUCCUCAAAUUCCACCGCCUCCGCCACCAUCCGAGCAACAAGUUAAGGAACCACCGCCGCCACCUCCAAAACGCGCACCCUCCGAGACGGACCUACCGCUCCCCAAGCGACCACCGAGCUUGCAGGCCAGUAAGCAUUUGUGCCACGUGUGUAAUAAGAACUUCUCGUCCAGUUCGGCCUUGCAGAUACACAUGCGUACACAUACUGGGGACAAGCCGUUCCGCUGCACCGUCUGUCAGAAGGCCUUCACCACCAAGGGGAAUCUGAAGGUUCACAUGGGCACGCAUAUGUGGAGCAACGGAGCGUCGCGUCGCGGCCGUCGCAUGUCACUCGACCUGCCGCCCAUUCCCAUGACACCCAAGGAUUCCGAAUUUCUCCAGCGGAGGCCCGAUCUCUUCUACCCGUACCUCCCGGCACCAUUCCUUAAUGGCAUGCAGCAAAAGUUGAAUGAUAUCGCAGUGGGUCAGUCGCCACAAAACGGCAUUUCAAAUGCGGGAAAGUAUAGUGGCCUGUUGGGUUUCGGUUACCCACCACCAGAUGCACUGCGAUCUGCAGCUGGUACGCCGGAACGGCCACCAUCACGACCUGCGAGCCGUGAGCCUGAACGUCUCUGGGAUAUCCACUUUGAUCGCAAACCAUCCGCGGAGAGCGGCCGCGAGGAACUGAUGCCACCGAGCCGCGAGGGUCUCGCCGCUUAACACCCUUGAAAUGCGAGGCGACGACCUCCCCCGAAGCGCAGAACGAACACAAAAAUUACAAAUGUUCCUAAUUAAAUUAAAUAUUUAUUAUAACUCAUAGGCGAACUUAAUGCGCUAAGCAAAGUUAUCGAUACAUGGACGGAUCUUAGCUAAGCGAAUAACCUGUGUGGGGGAGAUUAAAAAAAAGAUAUGAUUCGAAACUAGUCUACGAGUGGAUCGGGGCAAUGCAUACUGUGAUACACCAGCUGUAGGAGCGGCACGACCGACGCCACUGAUUACUGCUGUGUUUUUAAACGAAAUAUAAACAAAAUUAAAAUAAAAUAACGAUGAUUCAACUUCGGCGAAAUCAGCGAACGCAGAACACACGGUGGUGAAGCAAACAAAACUGUAUUAUAGCUCUAAAUGUAUAUUGUAAUUACUAGAUUUUAAAACAUACAAGCAUGGAGAGGAAAUAAAAAUUUAAACUCAAGAAGGCAAAAAAAAUGAAACAAAAUUAUCAAAUAUCGUUUGCUGUGUCUCGUAUAAAUACAAAUUUUACGAAUAACAAGAAAACACUAAGGUUAUUAAUUAAAGUCUAGCUAAAGUACAGUUCGUAAGAUAACUAAAUAUAUAAAUACACACGAUGGGAUAGAUAAUUAUAUUUAUUGCUCCGACUAGACAUCAAGUUCGGACAACUACGAGGGCAUUGCCAGUAACUAUUAGCUUUACACACCGAGGAACCGAAUGAAAUGCAAAGCAGAGGAAGAAGAUUUCAUCUGUACACUCAACACACACACAAACACACGCCAACACACAACAACGCAAACACAUGCAUGUACACUAACACGUUUGUAAAUAUAUUAUUUUAAAAAUACGGACCGAUUUUAAUUAUGAUUGUAAAUUAUAAAUUCAAAACUUGUGGAGUAUAAAUCGCGGACGUGUGUAAAAACAAAAGUUAAAGCCAGUCGUAUUGAAACAAAAAUGUUAGGUGUUGUCGGUAUUACUGCAUUCAUACUAUUUGUUAAAGUGGGUUUCUCAAAGCAUCCAAAAAUUAACGAUUAAAAGACAUACAACAUCGAGAGGCAGGUUGUACGCCAGGCCGAGAGUAAAAGAAACUAAGAAUCAAAAAUGAAUAUUCAAUCACAGACAAAUUUGUCUCUCGAUGGUUAACUUAACGUUAAGCACUUGUACAUACAUAAUUUGAAUUAUUUUGUAAUUACUUAUACAUAUUAUUAUUCAUAUUAUUAAUUAAUGCUAAGUGAUGUAUUUAAAAAAACACUAUUAUUAAUAUUACUCUAUUUAAUAUCUGUGGUUUUUUCUGUUUAAUGAGACUGUAUAAAAAACGUUUAUUAACGUUUGUUAAGUAUGUACUAAUCACGUGGUACAAAAUUUAUAUCAAACAAAAAUCAAUAUUUCGCCAUUAUCUUCAAACAAAUACCGAAAUACGUAUAAUAUUGAUGAGGGAUCUUUUGAGUUGGUUGAUUUUGUUCUUUGGUGUUUGAUUUGCGGACGCUGUGAAUCACGAUUGACAUUGGAGAAAUGUACAAAAAUAUUAUCGACUAAUUAUGUAUGCAAACCAAAAGUAAAGCAAAGCGAUGAUAAGGAGCGAAAACACGAAAAUUGUAAUAUAUUAAUUAAACAAAGUGAAUCAUCACGUGGGGUAGAGUACAGACGUGGGCGGAGCAUGCGAGCAUUUUGCACGAUGCAAUUAUCGUUUCUGGGCGAUCCUGUAUGUAUUUAUAAAUGAUGAAAAGGUAAAAGUGAGCAUGUAUACAAAUGCCAGUUAAAAUUCUGUUUAAUAAUUAUGAAAUAUAAAUAUUUAUCACAUUCAUUUGUGCAAUACAAGUAAGA